AUGACGGACUCCGACGUUGAAGCGCGUGUGCACAUUGCGAAGAAGUCCAUGUGGCAGUCUAUCUUUGCUAACCCUAAAGUCCUCUUCAUUGCCUUUUUUGCUUCAUUCGGUGGUUUUGAAUAUGGCUACCAACAAGGUGUCCUUGGCCAAUCGCUGGUCAUGACCCGAUUCACAGAAAACUUCCCUACUGUGGUCGCUUCAUCAACAGCGACAGGAUGGUUGACCUCAAUUCUUCAAUUGGGUGGUGUUGUCGGUUCUCUCACAGCCGGUGUCCUGGGCGAGAUUAUCUCUCGCAAGUACACCAUGUUCAUCGCUUGUUGCUGGGUUAUUCUCGGCAGCUAUCUCUACAUCGGUGCGACUGCCGGUAACCCAGCUCUCCUUUACGCCGGCCGAUUCUUCACCGGUAUUGGCGUUGGUCUUUUCAGUGGUGUUGGUCCAUUAUACAACGCCGAACUUGCAGCUCCCGAAAUGCGCGGACUGCUGGUUUCUUUCUACCAGUUCGCUACCAUUCUCGGCAUUAUGAUCUCAUUCUGGGUCGGUUACGGAAGUAACAACAUUGGCGGAACCGGCGAAACUCAGACCGAUAUGGCAUGGCGUUUGCCUUCUAUCAUCCAGGGUAUUCCCGCUGCUGCGCUUGCGUGCGGAAUUUGGUUCAUGCCCUUCUCCCCGAGAUGGCUGGUUAAGCAGGGUCGGGAUCAGGAAGCACAGGAUACUCUUGCUUGGAUGCGCAAGCUUCCCGUUGAGCAUGAGCUCGUUCAGGUUGAAUACCUUGAGAUCAAGGCUGAGGCUGUCUUCGAGCAACGCGCUUUCGCGAUCGCCUCCCCCAAGCUUGCUGAUCGUGAGAAGAAGAGUGUCUUCAUGAACCAGAUUGCGCAGUACGCCAACUGCUUCCGCAGCAUGGAUAACUUCAAGCGUGUCUGUAUCGCCUGGUUGGUUAUGUUCUUCCAGCAGUGGAGUGGUGUUGAUGCCAUUAUCUACUACGCCUCCAACGUUUUCGUCAGUCUCGGUCUGACUGGUGGUACCAUUGCUUUGCUGGCAACCGGUGUGACUGGUGUCGUCUUCCUGAUCAGUACUAUGCCCGCAAUGUUGGUCAUUGAUAAAAUUGGCCGCAAGCCUAUGCUCCUUGGUGGAUCCAUUGUCAUGCUUGCCAGCAUGGUGAUCGUCGGUGUGAUUGUUGCUAAGUUCCAGCACGACUGGCCAAACCAUGUCGCCGCUGGCUGGACCGCCGUCGCUCUGAUCUGGCUUUACAUUGCUGGCUUCGGCGCCACCUGGGGUCCUGUUUCAUGGACAUUGGUCUCAGAAAUCUUCCCACUCUCCAUUCGUGCCAAGGGUGCCUCAAUUGGUGCAUUCAGCAACUGGAUCAACAACUUCGCUAUUGCCUUCUUCGUGCCGCCUAUGCUCAAGAACUGGCAAUGGGGCACUUACAUCUUCUUCGCUGCCUUCCUGGCUGUCGGUAUCGUCUGGGUCUGGAUCUUCCUCCCCGAAACCAAGGGUGCCUCUCUCGAAGAUAUGGAUCGGGUGUUCAACAGCAAGGCUGGUGAGCAGGAUGCGGAACUUCUCCGCGAGGCCCAGCGGGACGUUGGUUUGACUGCUUUCCUCGAGCGAAUGGGAUCCGCUACCGGCCGGGAUAUGGAGAAGAAGGAGGAUUUACACUAUAUUGAGAAGGUUUGA